AUGGCAAGCGACACAGCCUGGCUGGGCCACGACGACUUUAUUCCUGCUGCGGAUGCGACAAUAGCUAUUCCUCCUCCUGGACAAGCAAACGUAAUCCCGUGCGACCCGCCAACAGUCGAGAAGACCGUGCAUCCCGCAGAAGUAUCUGGUCCCUCUGACGAUCCCAAGCUGCAGCUCAUGGGGCUUCCCACGGAGCUCAGGCUACAUAUUUUCCGAUAUCUGCUCGUCAAAGACUCCGAAGUCUAUAAAUCCUCCAACGAAACGGACGAGUACGUAGAAGAAUGGUAUCGCAACAAGAGUUCAGCUAUUGGGGUGAAGAAUGUGACGAGCAUUCUGCGGUUGAACAAGAAGGCUGCCGAAGAGGGUUUGGAAAUUCUAUACGGCGAAAAUAUAUUUUUCUUCCACAAAGCGGGGGUAAUCAGAACGUUCCUCACGGAUUUUGAAACAGGCCCCGAAGGCGGCGUCCUCAAGACGGGUGCUCACAGAAUGAAGAAGGUGGCUCUCGGCGUUCCGUUCGGUGGGAGACCUCCGUCGCUCUGGCCGAAUUGA